AUGAAAUUCCUACAGUGGUUGGGAUCUUUAGCGCAUUUGGUCUUGUCUUCUCUGUCUCCCUUUUUGCUUGGAUCUGCUGUCAACGUAAAUCUUCCAAAUCCAACAAGACCCCUCCAUAUAAGUUUGUCCAUGUUCUGAAGGGGGUUGAUAUUUACCCUGAGAAUCUCAACAGUAAGAAGAAAUUUGGAGCAGAUGAUAAAAGUGAAGCAAAGAACAAAUCAGCAAUGCCAAAGAAUUCUCUCCAUCUUGACCUAGAGAAGAGAGAUCUAAAUGGCAACUUUCCCAAAACAACGCCCAAAAUCCAGAGCUCUCCAGACCAUGAAAAUUCAUCUCCUAAACACUUUGCAGAAAGGAAGAAAGAUUCAGUAUCCCCUGAAAGUUUAAAAUCCAUCACUUCCCUUUCAUCUGAAGAUAAACAAGAGAAGCUAGGAACUCUUUUCUUCUCCUUAGAGUACAACUUUGAGAAAAAAGCAUUUGUAGUGAACAUCAAAGAAGCACGUGGGCUGCCAGCAAUGGAUGAACAGUCAAUGACUUCUGAUCCCUACAUCAAAAUGACAAUCCUGCCUGAGAAAAAGCACAAGGUGAAAACCAGAGUGUUGAGAAAAACCUUAGAUCCAGCUUUCGAUGAGACCUUCACAUUUUAUGGAAUCCCCUAUAGCCAAAUUCAAGACUUAACACUUCACUUUACAAUCCUGAGCUUUGACAGGUUUUCCAGAGAUGAUGUCAUUGGAGAAGUCCUCAUUCCCCUCGCAGGAACUGAACUGUCAGAAGGAAGGCUGCUAAUGGACAGAGAGAUCAUCAAAAGAAAUGUUAGGAAAUCAUCUGGACGUGGAGAAUUACUGAUCUCUCUCUGCUAUCAGUCUACAACAAACACGCUCACUGUGGUUGUUUUAAAAGCCAGGCAUCUACCUCAAUCUGAUGUGUCAGGAUUAUCAGACCCUUAUGUCAAAGUGAACCUGUACCAUGCUAAGAAGAGAAUUUCUAAAAAGAAAACCCAUGUGAAGAAAUGCACCCCCAAUGCAGUGUUCAAUGAAUUGUUUGUCUUUGACAUUCCUUGUGAGGGCCUUGAUGAUAUCAGCAUUGAAUUUUUGGUUUUAGAUUCAGACAGGGGAUCAAGGAAUGAGGUCAUUGGCCGGUUAACCUUGGGAUCUUCAGCAGAAGGAACAGGUGGAGAGCACUGGAAAGAAAUCUGUGAAUAUCCUAGGAGACAAAUUGCCAAAUGGCAUAUGUUGUGUGAUGGUUAGCAGCUUAGAGGGGUUGGAACUUUAAAAACUAUAUAUAUUUCCAUAGGCAAGGAGCAGUUUUCUUUCUUUGCUAUGUAUAAUUACA